CCUGAACGAAACGGAAUCAUAGCGUUGAGUUGACUGGAUGCCUGGCUGUGUAGUCGGUGACUGCAAUUUGAGUGUAAUUCGCUGCUGUUUACAACAAUCUGUAGCGGUGGAUUUCCCUUCCAAUAUGACAGAAGAAGUAUUCAAAGCUCCACGGAACAAACGGAGGUCAUUACAGUCAAAUUCUGAGAUGAGCACAUCACCUCAUAAAAAGAAAAGGACUAAAGAAGACUUCAUGGAUUUCUGUGCUAUGGUUUUAACAUACACCCAGUAUGAAUCCCACCGACAAGAUGAGAUGCGGUCAACUGACAAUGUCAGUCCCCUCGACAGCGGAGGCAGUACAGCAGAGAGCUACGAGGCAGAAUCUACUGAGUCAGCAAAUUCUACUAUGUCUCUUUCCGAAUCUGAGCAUUAUGGUUCAAGAGAUGACUCAGAACCAGAAGACGAUUCUCACGAACUCAUCACAUGCUUCUGUUUGAAGCCCUAUGCUGGGAGGCCUAUGAUUGAGUGUAAUGAGUGUUUAACAUGGAUUCACCUAUCUUGUGCUAAAAUCCGCAAAACGAACAUACCUGACGACUUCACAUGUCAGAGGUGCAGAGACGCUAAGUUCACAACACGCAAGUCAACUCGCAUGCGAAUCGAGAGCAAGCGGAUUAGCACGUAACACAAGUAUCAUGUGCGACUGAAAGACAUGUUGUGAUAUUCUCAGAGGGAAGUCUUUCUGGUGAUGUUCUUCGAAGAACAUGGGCAUUACGCUGCCGCUCAAGUGCUAUGGACAGUCGUCACAUUCCAUGUUUGUGUACACCUCAUUGUUCUUGUUCAUUACAUGUUAUCAACAUGUGUUCAUUUGAAAUGUACGUUCAUCAUCAAUUACAAGUUCCGCUUUCAGGAAAGGAAUCUGCAGACAGAAAGAUUUACUGUCCCCUGUUCUGCAGUCCUUUGUUCCAGAAUGAAUGGUCUGGUUCGAAUGGUCAUAUGACAAUAUCAAUAUAUUUAACGUAAAACACAAAAAAGCUUAGCUUGAUUCAUUUUCAAGGGAUGAAGUGAACCUGCAAUUUGUAGGCCAAAUAUAUGCUGAUGCUGUGUUAGGGAAUUUUAUAAGGAUUCUUCAACAUUUGAUCUUUACCCCAGAUUUAGCACUGCCCUUAUAGGAGGUCAUUUCCACAACUGCCAUGCUUUUUAUAGUUAUUUGUGAACAGAAGCAGGAACAAUCAGGGAACUAAAUGUUUUGGUCAUUCUAUCAUCCUUAUGUUAAAUUUGCAAUCAUGAUAUUGACACUUGCUCAUUUUAAAUGUACCAGUAGUCAAUCUAGAGAGUAUCUUGCUCUAGAGUUUCAACAUGAUUUGAUAAUGUAGAGGUAGUUAUUGUUUGCUAAAACAAACCUUUAAGAUGGACAUAAAAUAACUGAUGUCGUACUUAAAAUUUACAAGUCACCCUGAAGAUCAAAGCGCAAUGAACAUCCUCCAUGAAAUUUGUCAACAGAUCUCACACUUGUUGAUAAGAUCUAAAUGCAAUACAUUUAAGUUAUCUGACCACAGAUUGGAAGCUUGUGGUCUUUUACAUAGCUUUAGGCAUGUGCUAGCUUUAUUUCUCCUUUUGCCUAGAGACAAAUUAUGUAUAGUCCAAUCAGCUGGAUUUGAUUUUGUGAUUUGGUUCCAAUGGAGACAGGUUGUUCAAAACAAUGUCCAGUUCUCGUGUAAAUACUGAUCUCAACCACAUUGCAGAACCAUUUCAUAAAAGUGCUUUAAAUUGUGACCUAGGAACGAUCAGUAUCAUGCAUAUUCACAUUGAGCCUUUUAUUAGUAAACAACAAUUUGUUAAUUUUCUUUAUAUAUUUGGAAGAUGAAAAUGCUCCCUGCAUUUGAGGUAGAAACAUAUUUUUGUAUGGAUAGUAAUGUCAAAUAUAGGUUCUCUUUUCUUAGUGAAACAGAUAUUUUGAGGAAACAAUCAAGUUCUUGAGAUGAAAUAUUUGGUACAGUUGAAAUAAGAAGAUCUAAGUUCGGAGUUGGGUACUAUCAGUAAAUAUUUGGGUUUUGUGAAAGAUUUUGUACUGUACAUGAGCAUAUAUUUUUAUCGGAUCAUGUGUAUUAUGUCAAAGGUGGAGUGUGUGUAACGGUCUGGAGCCUAGGUCUAGAUUAUUUGAUUAGUGCCAUGUGUGAGACUGAGACAUUGACUCUGGGUCGUUGGGGUAGUCAUUAUAUGCUAGAGUGAUAGCCAGUGGAAUCUGUCUAAACCAGACUUGCAUGGGGCCAGCAUCAAGUGUAGUAACUUAAGAUGGCACUCUGGAUUGGACAGAAAGCUGAUUCGAGCAAGAGUAUAUCCCUUGGUGUCCCACAUGCAGAUUGAAGAUGUGUACAUGUACAACAAUUUAUAUUUGACAUGUUGGACUCGGCAGGAAUUGCAGAUGGAUAUGUGUUCAUGCUGUCAUCAAAGCUCUGUUAUCACUGAGUCAGGGUCAUUUUGGCAUCAAUCGAAGCUUACCAGAUGUGCGAGUGAGGUGUGUGAAAAGUUAAUUAUGAUGAUUAGAGAGCAUCAAUUACAGUCUCGGAUCCAGAAUGAAAGUAGUCUGGAUUGGGCAGAUUUAACUUUGUGAUAUAUUAUCAUAGUCAAAUUUGGGGCCAUAAUUUUGGUCCAAUAUUGACAGAAAUCACCAUAACACUGGAGGUAGAAGUGGUGUAAAAUCUAGCCAGGGUUGCCAGUUUAGCAAGGCUUGUAGCCUCCCUUUAAGAAAUCUUGUUUUUUGUCAAGGGUAAGUGAGAUGUAUUUGUAGCCGUCUAUCAUUGUAAAUCACUUUGUUUAAGCAAUACAUCGGGUGGAAGACUUGUUUCUUCACUGAGCUAACUUAUUAAAACCAUUUUGUUUUGUAAUGGUUUUUCUUAUUUAAAAUUCUUGUGUGCAACUUUUGAAGUGUUAGUAUGAAUACUGAUUAUGCAGAUAAUAUAUAGAAUGUGAAGGAACGUGAAUGAGGGAAAUGUUGCAGACUGCUCUGAAGAGAAGGUUGCUGUUUUAUUUUCAGGAAUAAUUCUAUGAUAAAACACAGAUCAUUUCUUUCAAUUCAGUUCAAAAUAUGACUCAUGUGAGUAUAUAUUGUAAUACAGGAGUAAAAUAUUUUAGUACUGUAUUUUAUUGCAGGAACUGAGUUAAUACAGGCAUUUAUUGUUUGAAAAUCUUGCAUUUACUUGUACUCUUCAAAGAAUUUUUGUAAUUUAUUUUAACAGAUGCUUUUGUGAAUGGAAUUUUUAUGGAAAUAAAUCUGUCUUAAAUUUUUAUUUGAAUAUCAAAUUUUGAAAAUUUCAAUAAAAUCAAACUGAUAAAGGUACUGAUACUUAAUACUUUACAAAUUUGUAAGUGCAGCCGAAGGAAUAGCAUGAUGUUAUCCCAAUGGGCCUUUUAGCUCCUGUUUGAAAGAUCAUGGUUGUCCUGUGAACAGCAAUAAAGUGUCUACAUGUUGUACCUUUACAUGCAUUUGUAUCGUCAAAGCUGAAGUGCCAUAUUUUCAUAAAGGGAGGCAAUUCACUCAACCGGCAUCGAGAUUUUACAUGUAUUGUGUUAUUGACAUAAUAUGUAAGAUUUAAUAUAUUGCUUUUUACGAAGUUCCUUUUGACAUGAUGUUGAGAAAUUGUGAAAUCCGUGUAUACCAUACACAUGCAAGUGCUUUUAUGAAAGGGAGAAAAUAGUAUUGUACAAAUGUACAGUUAGCUAGCUUUUGUACUAAACCAUAUGAUAAUUCAAGCAUUACAGUAUUUGGGUAUGGGUCUCGCCAAAUUCGACCCAGCUGAAGCUUUCAAAGUCUAUCAAAUCUAUUUUCAAGAUUGUUUACUUUACUGAGGCCCAAUGUUGGUCCUAUUUCAGAUCGUUGAUGACAAUUUCUGUUGAGCGUGCUUGAGCUUGUCAUGGUGUUCACAGAUAGGUACUUAAAAAGUUUACUAUCCCCACAAAUUUGACUUCAUCAGCUUUUGGGGGUGAGUGGUUAAUGGUAGGGAUGUCAUGACUCAAUGUAUUAAUGCAUCUUGAACAUACACCUGAUGAUAUGACACUAUGUGCCUACCCAUGUAUCAUUUCAAAGUUUAAUUCUGUAUCGAUUUAAAAAUGUAAUGCUUACAAAGAAAUGAAAAACCCCACCUGACCAUUACUCCCUCUCUCUUUGUCUUAUCUCUAUUCAGAAACAAACAGCUUAAUCUGACAAUAUCAUUAAAAUCAGAACUUCGUUUCGCUAUCGCUGAACCAAAAUCUGAGGACAUCCCAUUACGGGUCACGUCAGAACGACCUUUCAUCCCACCAAUCAAAGCGUCGCUUACCAGAUCAUGAAAGUGACAGUGUUUUCUAAUCAUGCAAACGUUAACAUGGGGUUUUCCGAACGACAGUUACAGCCCGUACAACUGAUUCCGUCAAAAUUAUCGUUUAUCUCUCGCUUCCGUAGGACAAACAUUUGAAUGAAGGAGACUUUGCACAGUACGUGGGAAGCACUGCCAUAUAAUCUCAACCAUGUAUAAGACAUUCCGGAAUGUUCGUCAAGCGUAGUCUGAAAUGGAAGUCGCCAGGUUGAAACGAGUGUCGUAAUGCUCAAGAAAGCUGCUUUCCAAAUGGCUAAUGUCGACUUCAUGUUAGUUAUUUCAGUGGUCGGUCAAAGUUCGCGAAAGGUCAUUCUGACGUGAUCCGUAAUGGGAUGUCCUCAGAUCUUUGUUUAGCGGCUUCGAGAACUUAGAUCUGAUUUUCAUGAGAUUGUUUAAUCUUAUUGCAUAAUACUAUCAACAUGAGCUUAAAUUUGUCAGUCCUUGGAGGUUUCUCGAGGUGUAUCUGUGCAUAGGUAGGUGCAUCAUGACCCCAAAUUAAAGGUGCAUACUGAUGUGGUGUCAAGAUGUAUACCCAAAACCAAAUUGUUUUGUCUGAUGUUAAAGGAGGCUUAUAGAAUUAUAAUUCCUUUGCCUUAUGAGUUUGUUCUUGCUUCAGAUGUCUUUCAUCUCAGAAAUGCCCUGUUUCAUCCUUGAUUCUUCUGCGUAUUAUAUCUACCAUCUGUUAUGAUAAAUAUUUGGGACUUAAUCGCCACUAUUUCUUCAUAUUUGAAGUGACAUCACCAGCUCCAUCUGUGGUAUCACUAACUUAGCACAGAAUUUCUCUUGCUCAAGAGCUUAAACCAAACAAAUUGCCUCUUCUGAAUGAGAUUUCAGCAUCUACAUUCAAAGAUGCGGCGGCAAGCAAGUGAGCGCCCAUUAUAUAUCAUGGAAUCGGAAGACAGUUAUAUAUGCACCUAUAGCUGAAAAAUUUGUUUUCCUGAGUAUCAAGACAGGUAUAUAAAUCCUGCUUCAUUUUCUAGUAUUUGAAACGAUAUGCAACAAAAGGACUACUGACGAUAUCACAGUUUGUCUCAAUCAUAAAAGAUCAGUGUAAUAUUUUUUGAGUGCUAUAUUUGUUGUUAUGUCUUUCGAAUUGAACUGGAAAUUAAGCAAAUAAGGCAUAUUGGUCCAGGGUAUUUGUCACAGUAGAACGGAGAUAAAACACACUGCAUCGUGGAGAAUGACCUACAUGUAUAUUUCUGACAAUGUCUCUCAUUUGUAUGGUUAGUGCUUUCAGACAUUUAUGCACCAAGUUGCUUUCUUCCUGAUUAUUUGGUCAUUUAAUGACAAGUCUUGCUCUCCCUGAAUAUUUGCAAAACGGUAAUUUGGCAUAAAAUGAUUCAAACAUUCACAGUGUUUGCCUUGAAUAAGUGUCAAGUUUUGCAUAAUACUUGCCACAAGUAACCAUGCUUGGCUUUUUGGGACUUCCGACAAGUUUGUGCUGUUGUAUGUUCAAGUUGUGGAACAUGAGAUGCAAUUGGUGCAAGUGCCCUUUUUGUUUUGUUUUGGGGAAAAUUGUAAUGCCUAUUUUGUUGGAGAUAGUUGAUCUCAUAAGAACUGGGGUUGACUUCAGAAACUAACUUUCCUGUCACCAGAGACUUCAACUCUUGGUAAAAAAUUCUACUAUGUAGAGAGUUCAGUGUAAGGUUUAACUAAAUACUUGACAUGAGUUGCUUUCAUAAUCUGGCCAGGGUAUUUCUAUGCAAUCAUGGUUGUCAGAUUAGUCAGUAUGUUAAUGGACAUAAAAUCCUUGACCCACUUGCACAAAGCAACCUUAGAACUAUGACAACCAUACCUCGCCUACUUCAACAUUGAGCUGAGAUCGCAGUGUUCAAUUGGGCCAUGGGCCCACUUGCACAAAGCGAUUUUAGCACCAAGAUGAUCAUAACUCCCAUACUUUAAUAUAGGCUUACAAUAGUCUUUGUGCUAAGAUCGCUUUGUGCAUGUGGGCCCUGGUCAUCACCUGUUAGCGUUCCUUUGAUUCAGAUACAAAAGCAGAAAACCUCAAGCACCCCUUUGUGUCUUAACACUGAAAUUAAGUCAAGGGUAACAGCCAAGAUCUAUAUUGGGUCUUGUGAUACUAUGUAGUCGUGUAGCUUGUUUAUUAUUUAAAACUUUGUCAGCUUGGUAUUUGAGGAGGGUGUGAGAAUUGGGAUGUCCAAGAAUUAGUAGAUCUUUGUAAAUCAGACAUUCAACAUGAGUGAAAGGUGGCCUGUCAGGUCAUUGUACAUAUGUACAGGGAAUUUUUUUAAAGAUGAUGUUGCACAAGCUGCAGAAGCAUUUGUCUUUUGGAAAUCAUCAGAUGAUUGUUGCAACAAUUCAUAGUGUGACAAAGUUAAUAAAAGCUAAAUUUAUGAGAA